AUGGCGCCUUGGCCGGACAAGAGCCGAAGUAGCCUUUGGGGGCCAGAUGUGUACCUGCGGGAUGCCCAUACGCAAGCAUCUGGUUGCAGCCACGUUCCUCAGCCUCGCAAAAGCGAAGCUCGCUCCAGCUCAGACUCGGCGAAACGGACGCAGCUCAACGACUCCAGCUCCAAACGCAUCAACCUCAAACAAGCACCGGCAUCCCUGCCCCGUCGUGCCAACACAGCACAGCUGCCAGUCCCCGCUAGUGCGCCAAUGCUGGUAUCUGCGACCUGGAGCCGUGCCUGGACUGACUCGGCGGCCGCAGACAAGGCCUUGUUCAAUGCGAUGCCAUGCCAUGCAAGGCACGCACCGCUGCCACCCACAUUUGCAUCGGAAUGGGGGCCCGCAAAGAGACACCGCAACUUGUACUGCAUUGCAAUCUGA